AUGCUCAAACACACAGUCUCUACACACCUAUGCGCACGCGCCCGACCGCACGCGCGUCUGCAGGAGGCGCUGCGCGACCCUGCAGUGGCGCGUGUCAGCAUCCUGGAGGACCUGCGGCUGGCCUUCGCGGGGUGGGGCCAGAGCGGGGGCGACCCCUGGCUGACCGUGAGGCGGGACGUCGUAGUCGCGGGCGCCGCGGCCGCUGGCGGAGCCGCUGGUCCCGGCGCGGGCGGCGGGCGACCGCCGUCCGUUGACUUUGACUUUCUGCGGUCCAUCGUCCUGAUCGGCGCGAACCGCAGUGUGACCCUCAGGGGGCUCGAGGUGCUGCACUCCUACAAGGACUCCUCCAUCGCGGUAUCACCCUUUGUCGGCGCAGCCAACAGCACCCUGAUCCUGGAUGACGUCAUCCGGCGGCGCCCCAUAUGUUCAGAGCCCCUGCACACGCUCCAGCGCUACGAGGCGCUGCCGCGGCCCCCUGGCUACCCGGGGCAGCAGACCAUCAGCUUCAGGAACGACUACUGCAGCACAGACAGGUGCUUCCCCGGGCCGUCCCUGCACUACGACGACGUCGCGGUGGCUGUGGCCACCCCUGCGAACGAGCUCACCAGCGCACAGCUGGCUGGCUACACCCUGGUGCUGCGCAAUGUCACGCGUCUGUGCCUGUCCUACGUGACUCCUGAGUGUGUCCAACAGCAGGGGGAUGACGAGUGCCUCGCACAGGGGCUGGAGGACUACAUAGCCGCACUCAGGUCAAACGAAAGCAAGCAGGGCCCCAACGGCCGCGGCGGCGCGAUCGCCGGCGCCGUCGCUGGCUCUGUGGGCGGCGCGCUGCUAGUCGCGCUUGCGGGGCUGCUGCUCGCCCGCCGGCGGCGGCGUCGCCGCCGUGAGAAACGCCGUGCGAACGGGCCCAAGUGGGGCAGCCUGCAGGACAGCGCGGGGGCUGUGUACGACUGGGUGACGCACCAGGUGGCGGGGGAGGAGGAGCAGCAGGGGCCGCUGCCAGACAAGGUGCAGCUCGGGGUGCUGCUGGGCACAGGCGCGUUCGGACGGCGCCGCCCGCGCCUCCGUUGCUCUCGCCCGCUGCUUCUGCCCUGCGUCGCCGCGGCUGCGAACGGCCCUACCCUGGUGUUCGGCGGCGGGCCGAGGGAGGGCGGCAUGGAUGUGGCCGUCAAGGUGCUGCAGCACGACCAGCGCAGCAGCGCGGAGCGCAUUCAGAACGAGGCUGCCGCGCCGCUGCUGCCGCUCCGUGUUCACACAUACACUUUCGCAACCGGCCCCAACCACUUCGCCAUGCCGCGUCCCAGGGCGUGA